AUAUUGGUUUAAGGAUCUACAGGGAGGGGGUGUAUACGCUAUUGCAUGCGAAAGUGUAGGUUAUGGUUUCCUGCAAUUUUCUGAGAUUUUCGUCUCUGAACUCUGAAUUACUCGUCUGAUAAACAUUGGUAAAUCAGUAUGAACAAGGUUUUCAUACAUUACAAAAACGUGUCUAAAAGAUUAAAGUGAAGUGAUAGUUCAACAAUACAUUUUUGAAAAAAUGUGUCGAAAUAUGUAGUGUUUAUUAAUAACAAUUAAACUUUCAUUUAUUGAUCAUUGUGAACAUGAAACGAUAUAUAAAUAAAUUGUGAGUUAAUAAUUUGGCAUUAUGGCAGAUCGUCUGACACAGUUACAAGAUACUAUAAACCAGCAAGCGGAACACUUUUGCAACAGCGUUGGUAUUUUACAACAGUAUUCUACACCUAGCAAAUUUCCUGGUUUUGAUCGCAUUGGUACUCCACAACCACAUCAGCCUCAAGAAGAUUAUGCUGCUUUAUUUGCGAAUCUCAUUGCGAGAUGUGCUAAAGAUAUAGAUACAUUAAUAGAGAGUUUGCCAAGUGAAGAAUCAUCUCAGGAACUGCAAGUAGCCAGUCUUAGUAGACUUGAACAAGAGAAUCAACAGGCUGGUGAGCAAUUGGAAGAAGUAGUGAGACAAGGAGAAGCACUCCUUCAGCGAAUCCAAGCUGCUCUGCAGGAUAUAGCGCAAAGUCAAUUAGAUAUGCAAAAUCCCUCGUCUACCACCGUGAUUAACAUGAAUCUUAACAAUUGUAAUAUAAAACAAGAAACGUCUAUAAAUUCCGUGCCUUCAAAUAACACACAUCAACUAUCGGAUCCUUCACCUAAUUCAAUAAAUCAAUGACAUAUUUAUGAUUUAUUGUAAUUAUUUAUAGUGAAACAUUUUUGCAAUAUAUAAAUAAUCAAAUCGGUACUAGUUCGUUUUUUUUUUUUCCAUUAUAAUAUUGAUUGAGACAAUAAAUGGAACAAUAGUUUACAAUUUCAUAAUAUUCCUGUAUUUUGGUAUAAUUGCUUAUAGUGAGAAUAUAAAUUUGAUGGCGACAUAAUAAGUUUUAAAAAACAAAAAUAAAAUUUUUUUACACAAACUAUAUUAUAAAAUUAAAAAACAAUUUCAUCCAGAGAAAAUAAUAGCUUUAAUAUAGCUGUUAUUGAGUUUUAUUGAGCUGUUUUAGGAUAUAUCAGUCCAUAUGUGCAUAUGUUUAGAGCUCAGAUUCUAGUAUCUUACAAUGUAUAUCAAUUAUGUGAAUAAUGUAAACGAAAUAAAAAAUUGGAAUUCUUUGGAU